ACAUUGAACUAUUCCGAGUAACUUCACAUGGCUUUCCGAAAUGAGUUUUUGGAACAUUUGGGUAACGUUAGACAGAAGUAGGCGCUUCGAAUGGAAGUGACUUUGUUUCGAUAUCAUGCUUCUUGUUAACACAAAUGGCUUUGAAGUAAUCUGAGUGAGCAGGAGAGGUUCCAGGAAAUCUGUGUUUUUAAAGUCACUUCGGAACAACAACAAAACAACGAAGACGACGAGUCGCACAUUGACGUUAGACCCGGUGCCUUUUAUUCUACAACACAGCCGAUUUUCCAGUUGAAUUUCAGUGAAAUCUUACUCGCUUUUUCCCGAGUAGUUGAAACGUGUGGUCGUGGAAACCAGAAGGCAAAUGUGUCCUGUGAUAUGUCAUGGAUUCCAGCUGAUGGUGAGAUGAUGGGACAAGGUGGUGCUGGAAGCGAUUGCAGCCCUGGAGGCUGAUGAACCCGUACCAUCGACCAGUCAGGAUGCACAUAGUCUCAGUGGGUGUCAGCAAGUUCUGCUUCCUGAUGUCCAUUGCAUUCUGCGGUCUUCUGCUUCUCUUCAUCCCAGCCCUCCAGUCCCGGGCAAGACAAGGGGACCUGCCUCAGCCCCGACCCCAAGUCAAGCCAGCUCAUGCAAGCCAGUCACACCUUGCUGGGGAUCACGCCAGUUCCAUCCAUAGUGAGGAUGUGGACUUGGCCAGAAGACUUAAUAGGAGCUCAGCAGGGCAAGGAAGAGCUACCAAGACUGAACUUAACAAUAAUGAUGACCACAGUCCCAAUAAAGGGGCAGACUCCAGGAGAGCCAUUGAAGGAGGAAAGGUUGGUGGAUUUUCAGGGUUCCGUGACAAACUGAAGCCAAAGGACAUUUUUAUUGCAGUGAAGACUACCAGAAAGUACCACAAGUCCAGACUGGAGUUGCUGAUUCAGACCUGGGUGUCCCAAGCUAAGGAACAGACUUACAUAUUCACUGAUGGUGAGGACAAGGAUCUACGGGUGAGGACAGGAGCUAACAUCAUCAACACCAACUGCUCAGCAGCCCACACUCGACAGGCUCUGUGCUGCAAGAUGUCUGUGGAGUAUGAUAAAUUCAUCGAGUCUCAGAAAAAGUGGUUCUGCCAUGUAGAUGAUGACAACUAUGUGAUCCUGCCAAGCCUGCUACGGCUACUCUCUUCCUACCACCACAGCCAGGACGUCUACCUUGGUCGGCCCAGCCUAGAUCACCCUAUAGAGGCUGCAGAGAGGGUCAAGAGUGAUGGAUCGGUGUCAGUCAAGUUCUGGUUUGCCACAGGUGGAGCAGGUUUCUGUAUCAGCCGAGGUCUGGCCCUGAAAAUGAGCCCCUGGGCAAGUUUGGGAAAUUUCAUCAGCACAGCCGAGAAGAUUCGUCUCCCAGAUGACUGCACCAUCGGCUACAUUAUUGAGGCCCUGCUUGAGGUCACUUUAACCCAUACACACCUCUUCCACUCACACUUGGAGAAUCUCCAGAAGCUACCCAGUGACACUGUGCUGGAGCAGGUGACUCUCAGUUAUGGAGGCUUUGAGAACAGAAGAAAUGUAGUCAGCAUUGCUGGAAGCCUAUCAAUGACAGAGGACCCCACGAGGUUUAAGACAGUCCACUGCCUUCUAUAUCCACAUACUGACUGGUGUCCACAGCUCAAACCUCGGCACAAAAUUUAAAUGCCACUGUGACUGAUAAGCCAAGCCACGCUCAGCUGGAAAUCCAAUCCGUCAGUCAGUUGGUGGAUAUCUUUACCCAAACCUUGACCUCUUCUCUUGCUUUUUGCUUUUGAGAGUCUUCUUCUGGUACUUCAGUUUUCUUCAGUUGCACACCUUUCAGAGAAAUAAGCCAGUAUGUUUGGUCAAUAUGAUAACAGAUGGAGCCAAAGAUUCACUUUUAAGGUUAGCAGAGCAUGCAAGUAGGUAAAACAUGAAAUGAUAAGAGACAAAUCAUUCAACAUUGUAAAUGAGCUGUUUUAGUUCCUAAAGAGAUCCACAAUCUGAAAAGGAAAUGAAGCUGGUAGUUCGGCAGAGCUUAACCUCUGAAGUUCCCUCCACAUGUACACCAAUACAUAUAAUGCUUUAUAUAAUUUCAGUGAAGCUUUUUGUGCUAAUGAUUCAACAAGGAAACUUCACCACUAUCAGAGUCUUUUUAAGUGCCCAGUCAGUAAUGUCUCCUGCAGCAGUGGCCAUACCACAUACUUACAGCUCUUUUCAACUAGGGAAACUUAUUGAAUCUGCUGUCCUGGAUCCUGAUUUUGCUUUCAUUGUUCUCUACAUUGGAAAACAACAGCUAGAUUCCAGAACAAUUAAAGAGGUGGUACUAAUCCAGGUCAUAGAUGAUUGGCCAAGUUGCUGAUGUGGUGAUCAGAUUUUAUCUGUAAAGCUCUUUCCUGCUUAGUCCUACAUCCUUUCAAAAGGUUCAUAUUAUGGCAUAUAUCUCCAGGUAUGGGUCAUGUUCCCAUCGUGGAAAAGCACUUAUGCAUCACUCAUUCAUAUGUUUAUUUUUACCUUCUGGUCAGAUGAAUCCCCAGUGGACAGAGCCAAUGAUACUUUUAAAAUGUGGAUUGAAGAAUUAAUUCAAGCUUGCACUCUUGCUAACUUCAUGAAUGCAUUCUAUGUUAUCUUCUUUAUGGUUCAUCUUUAUGAGUUUGCACUACUUUGAUCCUGUCAGUUCCUGUAUGUAACAGUAGUUACAUUUUGCAGUGUUCUUGUAAAUAUGAGUGAACGUUGUUUUUAAUGUGUGUUAUUGGUUCUUUAUAUAAGUUGUAGCUUUAGCUCUGUAUAUCCUUUCAAGUAGAGCUCCUCUUAGGGCAGAGCUGUACUCCAGGAGGUGGAGACAAAGAUAUCUCAACAUUAUUGCCAUGAAAUCAUAAGUAUUGACUGUGGACAUGAGCUGCUUGCAUUCAGAUCUCCAUUCUUUUAUAGCAAUGCUGGCUGGUUGACUUACCUUUUUGGUCUAGACUGAAAUAUCACAAAAUGACUUAAUGGAUUGUCUUGAACUUUUGUUUGAGUCUCCAGCUAAUAAUUUAAUAACAUAAGUAUGUCUCUUUCCCUUGGAUUUUGAGUAAAUGAAAUCACUAUAACUAUUAAAAAUUCUGUACAGAUACUCAAGACCCCAAGAGACUGAAUAAAAUCAUGUACAGGCAUUGUCCGUAGACAAUAAAUCAUAAAGACAUCAUAUUGUUAUGCACAACCUGAUCAUGAGAGAAGUGAACAGCAUGUCAAGGCCACAGUUUUUUAUGAGAAGGCUUGAAGGAUAAGCAGAUUCUUUGUCUCUACUGACUGCCUACACAGACCAGCAUCAGUAUUUCUGCCUGUAAAUAAUACUUGUGUAAAGCACUGCUUUUUAUUGCACAAGAAAAUAGAAUCCAGACCCCACGCCAUGUGUCCCACUGCAGGUCAGUGGGUGAGAGCGAGUGAAAUGUGUGCUUUUAAACCUUGCCACUGAUGUUUUCUAAUGGUAUGUAUUUUCGCAAAGAAUAAAACCUUUCUGCAGUAUCAAA